AUGGCUCACCAAACUCCCCCCAUAGAGCACCCCUCAGAUUCCCGGCAGCCAUCAGUCGAGCACUCAACAGAUGAUGCCCCUCACCCCGGCAAAACCCACUCCGAGCUGGGUCGAGAGGAAACCGAAUCCCUCGAACUGGCGUUAGGAGGUGGAGGCCUCAUUACCGACCUGUCCGACAACGAGCUGCCCGCCGACCUGGAAAAGGCGCGCACGACCGACUCGCAGAAGAUCCGAAACGCUGCCGACUGGGACGGCCCUGACGACCCCGGCAACUCGCAGAACUGGCCGCUGCGCAAGAGGGCCUACCAUCAGUUGGCCGCCGGCUCUCUCGCCUUCGCCGUCACCGCCUCCGCAUCCUUAAUCACCCCCGCCACCCAAGAGAUUGCCGCCCAUUUCCAUGUCUCCCUCACUGCCGCCAUCCUUCCUUUGACCCUCUACACCAUCGGUCUAGCCUGCGGCCCCAUCAUCGCCGCCCCCAUCUCCGAAACCUUUGGCCGCACUAUCGUCUAUCGCGUCAGUGCCCCGGUCUUCAUGCUCUUCUUGCUCGGCGCCGGCCUGUCCAAGUCUUUUGGCAGUCUGCUGGUCUGCAGGCUGCUUGCGGGCAUCGCUGGAUCCCCUGUCCUGGCCGUUGGAGCGGGCACCAGCGCCGAUAUGUAUCCUAUUCACACUCGCGCCACCGCGUCGACGUUUUUCAUCAUGAUGCCUUUCCUAGGACCCGGCAUGGGGCCGAUCAUCGGCGGCUUUGUCGCUCAAUACAAGGGCUGGAGAUGGACGCAAUACGUCUCCAUCAUGAUCGGCGUCGUCGCCUUCAUCCUUGUCCUGCCCAUGCAGGAGACGUACAAGAAGAUUAUCCUCACGCGACGCGCGAAGAAACUCGGGAUCCCCGGCCCUCCCAAACCCAACCUGACCCCAUUGCAAACCGUCAAGUUCCUCCUGACCGUCACCCUCGCCCGUCCGGUGCGUAUGAUCGCCACCGAGCCCAUCGUCCUCUUCUUCAGCUUCUACAACAGCUUCACCUUCGCCAUCCUCUUCGCCUUCUUCGCCGCUUACCCAUACGUCUUCACCAAUGUCUACCAUUUCAACACCUUCCAAAAUGGCCUGGCCUUUGUCGGCAUCCUCGUCGGUGUCCUUCUAGGCGUCGCCCUGUCCAUUACCAUCGACCGCCUCGUCUACCACAGAGUCCACUGGAAGCGUGCCCAGGCAGAGGGCCGAACGGCCGUGGCGCCCGAGCACCGGCUCUACGUUGCUAUGGUCAGCGCUUUCCUUCUGCCCAUAGGUCUUUUCUGGUUCGCGUGGACCGCACGCCCCUCCAUCCAUUGGAUCUCGCCUAUUCUGGCGGGUGUACCGUUCGCCGCGGGUAAUUUGGGCCUGUUCAUCGCCGUCGCACUCUACCUCAUCGACGUCUACGGCCCACUGAACGGCGCCUCGGCGCUUGCAGCAAACGGUUUGAUGCGCUAUACUCUAGGCGCCGUCUUCCCCCUCUUCACCAUCCAAAUGUACGAGACGCUGCAUAUCGGCUGGGCGACGAGUCUGCUCGGCUUCAUCUCCAUCCUUCUGCUGCCCAUCCCGUUUGUCUUCUACAAGUACGGGGCGAAGAUCCGGGAGAAGAGCGCGUAUGAUACCUUGAAGGUUUGA